AUGUCUCAUUUGCUUGUCCAGGGAAUGAAAUCGGGUCCGCGUCUGCAGAUCCUGUCCUUUCCUGCAGGACUAGGGGAGGUGGGGGAGCCCUUUACACCCCAGAAGUUCGGAAGCCGCUGCCCGCUAGAGCGGGGCGGGGACGGAGAACCCGAGACAACUCCGGCCUGGAGGGAGCAGGGCAGCGCGCCGGCUCUCACUGGUCCCUCAGAGGGGUGUCGCCGGGGCCAGGAGAGGACGCGCGACCUCAGCCCCGCGGUCCCCUCACCUCUCACCUACCUCUUGGUGGUGGUGCUGAGCGCCGAGGUCUUCCUGCCGGUGUUCUACAGACUGGGGAUCACUAGCACCUAUGAGUAUUUAGAACUUCGGUUUAACAGAUACAUCCGCCUCUGCGGGACAGUGCUGUUUAUUGUUCAAACCAUUCUGUAUACUGGAAUUGUUAUUUAUGCCCCUGCACUGGCUUUGAAUCAAGUCACAGGGUUGGAUCGGUGGGGUGCGGUGGUGGCUACCGGCGUGGUCUGCACGUUCUACUGCACGCUGGGCGGUCUCAAGGCGGUGGUCUGGACAGAUGUUUUUCAAGUGGGCAUCAUGGUGGCUGGAUUCGCAUCUGUGAUUAUCCAGGCCGCACUAAUUCAAGGUGGCAUCGGCAGGAUCUUAAACGAUGCCUACAGUGGUGGCAGAUUAAACUUCUGGAAUUUUAACCCUAACCCUUUGCAAAGACACACAUUCUGGACGAUUAUUAUAGGAGGGACCUUCACGUGGACCAGCAUCUAUGGAGUCAACCAGUCCCAAGUGCAGAGAUACAUUGCCUGCAAAAGUAGAUUCCAGGCAAAACUGUCUCUCUAUGUCAAUCUUGUGGGACUCUGGGCGAUCCUCACCUGCUCAGUGUUUUGUGGGCUCGCCCUGUACUCCAGGUACCGUGACUGCGACCCCUGGACAGCCAAGAAGGUGUCUGCGGAAGACCAGCUCAUGCCUUAUUUGGUACUGGACAUUUUUCGAGAUUAUCCCGGAGUUCCUGGGCUUUUUGUGGCCUGUGCUUACAGCGGGACCUUAAGCACAGUGUCCUCCAGUAUUAACGCAUUGGCCGCAGUGACGGUGGAAGAUCUCAUCAGACCCUACUUCCGGUCGCUCUCAGAGAGGUCUCUCUCCUGGAUUUCCCAAGGAAUGAGUGUGCUGUUCGGAGUCCUGUGCCUCGGAAUGGCUGCCCUGGCCUCGCUCAUGGGAGCUCUGCUGCAGGCGGCCCUCAGCAUCAUCGGCAUGAUCGGAGGACCCCUUUUGGGCCUGUUCUCUUUGGGCAUCCUGGUUCCCUUUGCCAACUCAGUUGGAGCAUUUGUUGGUCUGUUGGCUGGAUUUUCCAUAUCCCUGUGGACUGGAGUUGGAGCUCAGCUGUACCCUCCACUUCCGGAGAGAACUAUGCCGUUACACCUGGCUACGCAUGGCUGCAACAGCACGGACAAUGGCACCACUUUGGUGACUGCCACCGAAAUGCCAUUUUCUACCGGUGCUUUUGAAAUCCACAAUGCGGAAAGGACUCCACUGAUGAGUAACUGGUAUUCUUUAUCCUAUCUGUACUUCAGCACUGUUGGGACUUUGACAACAUUGUUUGUGGGGAUACUUCUCAGUUUGUCUACAGGAGGAAGAAAACAGAACUUAGACCCCAAAUUCUUACUCACCAAAGAGGACUUUUUAUCUAAUUUUGAUAUUUUUAAGAAAGAGGACCACGUUUUAAGCUACAAAUCUCACCCGGCGGAAGGCGGCGGAGCUGAUAACCCUGCCUUCAGCCCCGAGGAAUUGAGCUUCCCCGAUCAAAGCGGCAAGGUCGGCGGGACUCGCCUGUGAAGUAGCGCGGAUCUGAGAGGCUUUUAAAAUCCUGCCCGGGUUUUCUAGAACAGUGGGGCCAGGAUUGGAUUUGUGUUCUGUCCACGUGGGUGUCUCGGGGGCUCCAUUUUCGCUCACGUCAAGUCUCCAGGGAUGUACAUGGUCCCCGUGAAGAGCCUGAGCCUCAGUCUUUCGCUGUCUCCCUCAUUCCAGUGAGGCUGCAGUUCCGACUCCGUGCAUGGCGAAGGCCUGACGCACACGGAUACACCGGGUACUUGGCAGGCAAAGGCACCGGGGAUAGAACUCUGGCCCUUGCGCUUGCGAGGCAGGCGGUGGCACCACUGAGCUAAAUCCCCGGGCCUUCAGAGGCAUAGUCCUAGACUUGGACAUUACCCUUCCCAUGCCUUUGGUCCUAGUGUAAAACUUGCGGGUUGCCAAAAUCAUAAUCAAUAUUGCAAAGAGCUUUCUCCCUCUGACCACAUGCUGUUCUCUUGGGGAGCAGCGAAAUGCCAGGCCUGUGGGUGGGGCUUAGCUUCUUGCCCUGGGUCGGCUCAGAGCCUGUAAUAAUAACCUUGGGACUGAUUCUGGCGCAGGGGGGUGGAGAUGAGGAAACCGACGCCGAGGAUCAGACUCUGGCACCUUGUGCCUUUGGCUUGCUUUCUGAGGCGCGCCUGGCCUUUGCUUACUUAUAUCACCUACGACUGUAGUUCCUGUCUGUAAUCCUGGCUUCGUUUUGGAGCCACAGCUUGCCUUCCUAGUUUCCUGUUUACUCUGUUGCCCUGGGCUCGGAUAUGCCUUGAGACAGCCAGUGCACACCGCGCUACACAGACCCCGGCUCACCCAGUCCCAGCCUGGGAAUGAAAAAAUCAUGAGCCCGGUACUGAUGGGUGUAGACUGAUGUGGGUUCUUACAGAUUUGGUGACCCAAGAACACUGUAUUUUUAAAAAUGGUCAGGUUGGGGGUGGAGCUCCGUGGUGCAGCACUUGCCUAACGUGUGCAAGGCCCUGGAUUCCGAUCCUCAGCACUGAAACUAAAAAAAUUAAGUUGCACAGAGUUAGCUGGUUUUACUCAAUGUUAUCAAAUUAAACACUGGAAUGUCAACUAAAACUAAUUUGUGCUCACUUAAAUUGAUUGAUGGUUCCUCUGUUUAGCCAUCUUGAAAUUUUAGUGUAUUCAUCUAGAUAAGAGGCUAAAUUGAAUACUAGGUAGUACUAUAUUUUUAAUA